AUGUUAGAUGAACCAACAAUAAUAGAAACAGAUGAGGAUGGUGAACUGUUUAAUAAAGCCAUGUCUGUUGAAGUCAAUGAUUUGUAUGAAUGUUCACACUGUGAAUUAUUAUUUCCAACUGAAAUAAUUACCAAAGAGCAUGAACUCACUGUUCAUCAUAAGAAAAAUACAAAUGAACUCCCAUGCAAUGUUUGUUGCUUUAAAACCAACACUGAGUCAUCAUUGUAUCAAGAUGAUGAUGAAACAACAUUAACAGAAGUUUCAAUAAUUAACGACAAUCCAGAAAAUCCAUCUCAAUCACCAAAUUUAAUUUUAACUGAAAGUGAACAAAAUAUUUUAAAAGAACAUCUUGCCAAUAAUAGAAUAAUAAAUGAAUUAGAUUUUAAAUGUGGCUAUUGUAAGAAUAGAUAUGAAGAUAAAAUGGAUCUUGUUAAACAUUUUGAAUCAUGUACUACUGUUGAAUGUCAAGGUCAAGUACAAUGUCGACUAUGUUAUUACACUGAUUUAAUUACAAGAAGAAUUCAUGCACAUUAUUAUAAUUCACAUUCAACUAAUUACUUCACAUGUAAUUAUUGUAAUAUAAAAUUUUUAAUGCUCAGUGAGCUACUUGAUCACAAAAAAUAUAAUCAUUCAAAUGAAUUAAAACUACUUGAAUGUGAUAUAUGUAAUAAAAAAUUUACUUGUCAAAAAAGUUUAGAUAUUCAUACGUUUUUUCAUAAAUAUGAAUCAUCGGUUUUUGCUGGAUUUAAUGAAAAAAAAUUAUUUACAACUAUUGAUUCUAAGGCUAGUAAUGAAACUAAAGUUAAUAAAAUUCAUAUAUGCUUAGAGUGUAAUAAACAAUUUAAAAAUAAUGAAGAUUUACUUGAACAUAUUAAUGAUAAACAUGAUGAAAAUACACCUUACAUUAAGGAAUAUCCAUGUAACGAGUUUGAUUCAGAGAAUGAAUCAAAAUCAUGUAAAACAUUUGAUUGUAAAAAUUUAACAAAAAAAAGUUACAAAGAACAUUCAGCUAAAUCAUCAAGUUCUUAUUUUCAUUGUGAUGUUUGUAAAUUAAGUUUUAAAUUUGAGCAAAUGUUUAGAAAACAUGUAGAAACUGCGCACAAUGAUAUUACAUAUCUUAAUAAAAAAAUUUAUAAAUGUAGUGAAUGUUCAUUGAAGACAAUUGAAAGAAGUGUUCUUAUAAAACACAUGAGAAGACACUCGAUCACUUUUGAGACAGCAUCUACUAUAAUACCAAAAGCUACAUAUUCAAAAAACAUAAUUACUAAGGAUUCAAAAUCAUCAUCUAAAACAACAUAG